CUACCGAAGCUCGGUUGAGGUUAUUGGGCGUUACGCGGACAUUCCCGUUGGCACGUGCUUCUCGUUGAUGGUCUGCAGUGAAACCUUUGGGUUAGGAGACGAGGGGUAACUUCUUGAGAUGAACAGUGAAAACUUCAGCCUGAGUGAGAAGAUAGUGUCGACCGCCUACGUUCGACAGGGGAGCCAGGCACGCCGCGGCCAUGAGCAACUCAUUCGACAAUUACUGGAGCAGGGCAAGUGUCCAGAGGAGGGCUGGAGUGAGAGCACCGUCGAGCUCUUCCUGAGUGAGCUGGCUGUGAUGGACAGCAACAACUUCCUCGGCAACUGUGGCGUCGGAGAGAGGGAGGGCCGGGUGGCCUCCGGCCUCGUGGCCAGACGACAUUACAGGUUGAUGCACGGCAUCGGUCGGUCCGGUGACAUUGCUGCUAUUCAGCCCAAAGCUGCGGGAUCCAGUCUGCUUAACAAGCUGACCAAUUCCGUGGUGUUGGACAUCCUCAAGCUCUCAGGUGUCCGGAGUGUGGCGAGCUGCUUCGUAGUUCCCAUGGCAACAGGAAUGAGCUUGACUCUGUGCUUCCUGACUCUUCGUCAUCGAAGACCCAAAGCCCGCUACAUCGUUUGGCCACGCAUCGACCAGAAGUCCUGUUUCAAAGCCAUGAUCACGGCAGGCUUUGAACCGGUGGUGGUGGAGAAUGUUCUUGAGGGCGACGAGCUGCGGACGGAUUUGGAAGCGGUCGAGCGCAAGAUCGAAGAGCUCGGAGCCGAGAACAUCCUGUGUGUUCAUUCGACGACGUCCUGCUUCGCCCCGCGCGUGCCCGACAGGCUUGAGGAACUGGCUGCUAUGUGUGCCAAACACAAUAUCCCCCACAUAGUUAACAAUGCAUACGGCGUGCAGUCGACCAAAUGCAUGCACCUUAUACAACAGGGGGCUCGAGUUGGAAGGAUCGAUGCCUUUGUUCAGAGCCUGGACAAGAACUUCAUGGUUCCAGUAGGUGGCGCCAUUAUCGCAGGUUUUGACGAGUCCUUCAUACAGGAGAUAAGCCAGAUGUACCCCGGUCGAGCAUCAGCUUCACCUUCCCUUGACGUCCUCAUUACCCUCCUCACUCUGGGAGCCAGUGGCUACAAGAAACUGUUGUCGGAAAGAAAGGAGAUGUAUUUGUUCCUGGCCCAGGAGCUCAAGAGUCUAGCCUCAGCUCACGGGGAGAGGUUGCUCCACACCCCACAUAACCCCAUUUCCCUGGCCAUGUCUCUGGAUGGCCUCCAGGCCGAGAGUGACAAGGCGGUGACUCAGCUGGGCUCCAUGUUGUUCACCCGGCAGGUGUCAGGAGCCAGGGUAAUCCCGCUGGGUCAGGAGCAGACCGUAAGCGGUCACACGUUCCACGGCUUCAUGUCCCACUCCGAGGCGUACCCCUGUCCCUACCUUAAUGCCGCCUCAGCCGUGGGCAUCGCUCGGGAGGAUGUGACGCUGUGCAUCAAAAGGCUGGACAAGUGCCUGAAGACCCUGAAGAAAGAGGGAAAUGCUGCGAAGAGUAGUUCCCCGGCAGCCCCAUCGGGGGAGGGGACACUACUGGAGAAUGACCAAUAAGAACACUUUUAAAGUGAUUUCUACUUAGUUUGAGCCCUCUGCUGCCUGCACUUCCUUCUUACCCUGAUUUGAUCUGUGUGUGUGUGUGUGUUGGAAUGGGUCUUGCUGAUGUAUUACCAAACCAGACUUUGGAAUGAGGUCAACGCCUUGAGCCCAGCGAGGAACAGCUGGCGAUGAAACUGUGCACAGGUGUUCAUUACAAACGCUGAUGUCACUGAUUAUUCUCUCCUCUGUGAAGGUGUGUGACACGAGCUGCAUGCAAAAGCUUCUCGGGAGCAUAUGGUUGUUCACCACCGACCAAAGCAUCCGCAAAUACUUCCACUGCUGUCCAUAUAUGUUGAAGAUGCUUUAGUUUUUGACUAAAAAUAGAUUAUGGAUAAACCAUAUGAAACGGCCUUUGCUUCCGGUGUGUCAUUUCUCUUAAUUCACCUCAUCGGCAGCCUGCACAGUGCAGUUAUGAUAUAUACCUUUAUUCGUCCCACAGUGGGGAAAUUUCAAAAAUCACAGCAACGGUGCACAUCAGAGCAUUAAUUUAAAAAAAACAUUAUAAAACACAAAACUAAAUACUAAUACUAAAUAUACAGGGGGAAAACAAAGUAAAGUGCUGAGUUUGCCAGGAUCUCCAGCGAUCUAUGAGAUGAAAUAUACAAGAAAAGUAUCCAGUUGUGCAGUUUGAAAACAAUGCUGGAAGGUUCAUAAUUGUUAUUCGACCGCUGAUGUCAGGCAGACACACGGUGGCUCAUACUUCUGUUUUGGGAAUACAUACGGCUGCUUUUCCACUCAUUGAUGCAUGAAACAAUAUCGCCUUGUGAUGUGUGUUAUGCGAUGUCCUCUGCAGUGUGUUGUAAUCUGAUACAAAAGCUGUUGAGCCAUUAUCUCCGUUGGAAGCCAGUGUAUUGGGUUAGCUCUUUUACUUUCAGGCUGUGGAAGCGUUGAAAGGAUCACAUAAUCGAUUAAGUAUGCCAAAUAUAGAUCACUGCUCAGUAAAGGAAAUGUUUAUAUAUAUAAAGAGAGAAAUAAUGAACAAUUUAAGAGAUAUAUAGACUGUUGUAUUUUACUGUUGCACAGUGUAGGAUGGAUUUGGAUUUUAACCAGGGGAAUCAAUCUGUUAUCAGGUUUUACGCCGUGUGUCUUAUUCCCUCUGCUCUCCAAUCUCACUUAUUUGUAAGCAGAGCCGGUACUGAGGCACAGAAAUAGACUCCUACUACCUCACUGA